GUCUGAAGAAUUUCCAUCUCCGCAACUGACGGCCUAAUUAGUGGUUUUCGGUUGCCCACGGUGGUCUCGUGUGCAGGGAUGUCUGCCUGGGGCUCAUACAACACCAUGAUCGCAAGGGUGGAUUAGGCAGACACAUCCAUGCAAAAUUCAAGAAAAUUGCCUCUGACAUUAUCUCAUUUGCUGGUCUCGCUAGAUCACAGCCAACCAUGUGAAUAGAGUAAAGCUGCAGUGCCUCAAUGAUGACUUUCUCCUGCUGCAGUAGUAUCGGAGCCUAACCGACGUCAUCGCAUCUGCUGCAACUAUAGAAAGCUAGCCUCGUGUCGCCGUCCUUGCUACAUCUACACUUCUCUCUCAACUCCUCAAUAACAUAACUUCCUUUUUCUCAGACUUGUCACCUUCCGCGAUUAAUCAUCAUUCAUCACUAUGCCUGUCAUCCCUUCAAGCUCCGACUUCCCGGCCCCGCAAGGCAACAGCAAUAACAACUCCUCCACAACCCAGGAGCAAAGGAACUCUGGUCAUGGAACCGAGAAAGCCUCGAUGCUUGACCACCUAUCCAAGGGCCCUCAAAUUCCUGACAGCAUGCCACCCAAAGCUUCAAGGGAAGAGAUUGAAGCACGCAAGAAGGAGUUGAAUAAGUAGUGGAAACGC